AUGAAAUAUAAGCAAAACUAUGUUAAGUUACGGUUGACACAUUCAUGCGAAAUACAUUUAGUUGAAAAGAAUAACAACGGUGUACCGUUUAAACAGAAUAUAAUGUCUCUAGAAACUGAAUCUCUAGUACCAACAUUAUUUAUUUCUGUAGGCGAUUUGGAGCAAUCUAUCCAAUUCAAUAAUUCAAGUUGUACACAUAUUUUUUCUGAUAUUUCCACUAGCAAUGUAAAGUUAGAAGAUAAUAACGCACAAGAAAGAGAAACUAAAAAGAUCUCAAUUUCAAUCGUCGAUAAUGAUUCAUUUGCUGCACAAUCCUCGUCAUCUGCUAGUGGUAAUACUUCCGCUAAUCUGAGUCAAGAUGUCAGUAGAAAUAUAAAAGGAAGGCCGAAAAAGGGUAGAAGAAGAAAAUACCCCGAACAAAACAAAAUUGUUAAAAAGACGAGAUUGAACAGAGGCCAGGAGUCCAAUAAAUGCAAUGGUAAAACUGUAAAGAGUAAAGAAUUUCAGGGAGACCACUUUGAUUGUAAAUGUCCCAAUAAAUGUACAGCGAAAGUAUCUGCUGAACAAAGAAAAUUAGAAUUUCAUGGGUUUUGGAUUCAAUCCUUUGUCAAACAAAAACUAAAAGCUAGAAGGUACUCGAAUACGUCAAAGAGAACAUUUACGAGAUUGUAUACAAUUGUUACCGUUUGCAAUAAAUUGUUUUUAAACAAAUUUGGUAUUAGUCACUCACGGAUUGAUAUUGCUUUGGCUAAAACAAACCAAUCAGUACCAUAG